AUCUCUCUCUCUCUCUCUCUCUCUCUCUCUCCUCUCUCUCCUCUCUCUCUCGCCUGUCUUCAUGUCGUGGAUUGAUGAACGCGAAUCGCGUGUAAGCGCCGCCACCGCCGGGAGUCUGAGGAAUUCGCCUGGGCUGUUAAAGGAAAGAGCUAAGUGAGAGAGCGCGAGCUCUACCUACCGACAGUGAAGAGAGCCGCCGCCGCCCGCUCGCCGCCCGCCGCCGCCGCCGCCGCCCGCGCCCCAGACCCGGCAGCUCGGCAGGCACCGAGGCGCCCCCCACCUGCCCAGCCCCCAGCCCACCAGCCCAGCCCAGUCCGGGGGAGCCAGCCGGCCUGGGGUUCGGUCCCGGGGGGGGAGGGGAGUUUUGGGGGUACCGGGCGGGGGAGCCGUGAGCCAGAGGGGAGGGGGCCGCGGGUUUUCAUGUACCCAGCAUGAGCUCCUACUUCGUCAACCCCCUGUUCUCCAAAUACAAAGGCGGCGAGUCCCUGGAACCGGCCUAUUACGACUGCCGGUUCCCGCAGAGCGUGGGCAGGAGCCAUGCGCUGGUGUACGGGCCCGGCGGCUCGGCGCCGGGCUUCCAGCACGCCUCGCACCACGUCCAAGACUUCUUCCACCACGGCACCUCCGGCAUCUCCAACUCGGGCUACCAGCAGAACCCGUGCUCGCUUAGCUGCCACGGAGACGCCUCCAAAUUCUAUGGCUACGAGGCGCUCCCCAGACAGUCCCUUUAUGGGGCUCAGCAAGAGGCGAGCGUGGUGCAAUAUCCCGACUGUAAAUCCUCCGCCAACACUAACAGUAGCGAAGGACAAGGCCACUUAAAUCAAAACUCGUCUCCCAGCCUCAUGUUUCCAUGGAUGAGACCCCACGCUCCGGGGCGGCGCAGCGGACGGCAAACUUACAGCCGGUAUCAGACCUUGGAACUAGAAAAGGAGUUUCUCUUUAAUCCUUAUUUGACACGAAAACGCCGGAUUGAAGUCUCUCAUGCCCUGGGACUGACCGAGAGACAAGUGAAGAUCUGGUUCCAGAACCGAAGGAUGAAGUGGAAAAAGGAGAACAACAAGGAUAAACUGCCUGGGGCCCGAGAUGAAGAGAAGGUGGAAGAAGAAGGAAAUGAGGAAGAGGAGAAAGAAGAAGAGGAAAAGGAAGAAAACAAGGACUAAGCAAAAAAGAGAAAAUGCCCCCCCUUUUAGCAACUCCCUUGAAGUUUCAUUUUAUGGUAGCAGAUAAAUUGAGAAGUUUACGACUGUCAUUUGCUUUUAUAGAGAAUAGAAUGACACUCACAACUCUAACUACCUGUCAGAUACUUGCAGCUCUGGUUUUAUUACCUUUGGACUUCCCCGCUCUUUAUUUGUUUGGGGACUAGAGGGGGGGAGACACAGCAAAAAGUUCCACUCUAUGCCCAACACAAGAAGAACCCUUGAGUUCUUCCUAGACUUUAAGGUCUGAGCCCUGGCCUGCUUACCCCUUCUCUCUGCCCCUUCUUACAGCACUCCCACUUUCCUGAUUUUCUGGUAUUUAUUUUAGAGGAGAGCCCCUCAAAACAUGGAAGAGGACUCCUGGCUUUGCUUUUAUGCUAGGAUUACUGUACUAGAUUGACUUUUUGGAAAAUGAAAGGAAGGAAAAAAUGAAGAAAGGAGAAAAGGAAAAGAAAGGAAAAAAUUUAAAGAAACAAGGAAAAGAUAGCAAGGAAGAUUCCGCCCCCCUCCCCGGGGCUGUGCUUAGAGAACCCCCUUGAUUUUCUCUAGGAACUGAUGGAAACCUGAAAGAGAUGUGGGUCUCUCCUCCCACCCCAAGGAGUCAAUAGGGGCCUGCAGUCAUCUCUAAAAUCCUACCUAGUCAUCCCAUGUCACUCGGGCCCAUGCCUUCCUUGCCUUUGCUGUUUGAUUUCUGUUCUUUUGGGCCCGGCUUCCUCUGAGCUGCAAUAGUAUUUGUGCUCAGAAAUUUCCAUAACCAUAAUAAUAAUAAUACUGAUAAUAAAUCUUUAACAUACUACCUAAAGGGAACCUGCAAUAAUCUUGAAAAAGAAAAAAAGGAAAAAAUUAAACUCCUACUCUAGGAGAAAAAAAGAGAAAAAAAUAAAAAU